UAUCUAUGUUCAACUUGAAAUCCGAAAUCCAUUUUGUAUCACGCUCUUCUCCCUCUCACACCUAUCUAACUCUUAUCUAUCUCACACAGAGAGAGAGAGAGAGAAAGAGAGGGAGAGGAACCUUCUAGACUCUUUCUUCUUAUUCUUCUUAACCGUUGAUGGAGCUUCUACCAUCAUCAGAGAAGAAAGGCCAGAAAAGAAAACUGGAACAACAAGAAGAACAAUUCCAACAAGUCACACAGAUCUCCCUUCCUCUCACCGGAGACGCUCUCGACGCCGUUCUCUCCGACGUCGAUCAACACGUUUCAAUUCUCCUUUCAUCUUUCUCAUCCAACGAAUUCGAUAGAGCUUCCGCUAAACGCGCCACUCACGCUCUCGCCGAUCUUGCCAAAAACGAGGAAAUUGUGAAUGUCAUUGUUGAAGGAGGUGCUGUUCCGGCUUUGAUUAAGCAUCUUCAACCACCGACUCAAAAUGAUUCUGUUCAAAAGCCGUUGCCGUUUGAACAUGAGGUUGAGAAAGGGAGUGCUUUCGCGCUUGGACUUCUUGCUGUCAAGCCAGAACAUCAACAGCUCAUUGUAGACAGUGGUGCCUUGAAGCAUCUUGUUGAUCUUUUGAAGAGACAUAAGAAUGGACUAACAUCACGUGCCAUUAAUAGUCUCAUUCGGAGGGCUGCAGAUGCGAUCACGAAUCUUGCUCACGAGAACAGCAGUAUUAAAACCCGUGUCAGGACGGAAGGUGGGAUUCCACCAUUAGUUCAUUUGCUUGAAUUUGCGGAUACAAAAGUGCAAAGAGCAGCUGCUGGUGCUUUACGAACCCUGGCUUUUAAAAAUGAUGAAAACAAGAAUCAGAUUGUUGAAUGCAACGCUCUUCCAACUCUGAUUUUGAUGCUUCGGUCAGAAGAUGCUGCUAUUCAUUAUGAAGCGGUUGGUGUGAUCGGAAAUCUGGUCCACUCAUCCCCCAAUAUAAAGAAAGAUGUUAUUCUUGCUGGAGCCUUGCAACCUGUUAUUGGAUUACUUAGCUCCUGUUGCUCUGAAAGCCAGAGGGAAGCAGCAUUGUUACUUGGACAGUUUGCAGCGACUGAUUCAGACUGCAAGGUUCACAUUGUACAGAGAGGUGCUGUACGACCUUUGAUAGAGAUGCUUCAGUCUUCAGAUGUUCAGCUCAAAGAAAUGUCUGCUUUUGCAUUGGGGAGAUUGGCACAGGACACACAUAACCAAGCUGGUAUUGCACACUCUGGCGGAUUAGUGCCACUACUGAAGCUUCUUGACUCAAAAAAUGGGUCUUUGCAACAUAAUGCUGCUUUUGCUCUUUAUGGCCUUGCAGAGAAUGAGGAUAAUGUGCCCGACUUUAUUAGGAUAGGUGGAAUUAAGAGAUUUCAGGAUGGAGAGUUUAUAAUCCAAGCAACUAAGGAUUGUGUUGCUAAGACAUUGAAAAGACUAGAAGAGAAGAUUAAUGGUCGUGUGCUGAACCAUUUGUUAUAUCUUAUGAGAGUUUCUGAAAAGGCAUUCCAAAGACGAGUUGCUUUGGCUCUUGCUCAUCUUUGUUCUGCAGAUGACCAGAAAAAAAUAUUUAUUGACCACAAUGGGCUGGAGUUGCUUAUUGGACUUCUUGGCUCAUCUUGCCCUAAGCAGCAACUUGAUGGUGCUGUGGCUUUAUUCAAGUUGGCCAACAAAGCUAUGACUCUGUCUCCUGUAGAUGCUGCUCCUCCAUCCCCAACACCUCAGGUCUAUUUGGGGGAGCAGUAUGUAAACAAUGCUACCCUGUCCGACGUUACAUUUUUGGUUGAAGGUAAACGGUUUCAUGCUCAUAGAAUCUGUCUACUUGCAUCUUCAGAUGCAUUUCGUGCGAUGUUUGAUGGUGGUUAUAGGGAGAAGGAUGCAAGGGACAUUGAGAUUCCAAAUAUUAGAUGGCAGGUCUUUGAGCUUAUGAUGAGAUUUAUCUAUACUGGAUCAGUUGAUGUCACUCUUGAAAUUGCUCAAGAUCUCCUCCGAGCAGCUGAUCAAUAUCUCUUGGAAGGGCUUAAGAGACUAUGUGAAUACACGAUUGCACAGCAUGUAUCACUCGAGAAUGUGUCAAGUAUGUAUGAACUUUCAGAAGCCUUCAAUGCUACAUCAUUGAGACACACGUGCAUCCUUUUUAUCUUGGGGCACUUCGAUAAAUUAAGUGAAACGCCAGGGAACUCUGAUUUAAUUCAGCGUACAAUACCAGAUAUCCGCAAUUACUUUGUUAAUGCUCUUACAAAGGGGAACUCCAACAUCCAGGCGUAGCAUGUGCCAUUCUUACUUCUAACAGAUUGCAAUGUACAUAAUAUGCAGAUGUUAUUUAUUGAAGUGUGAGGUCUUCUGGAUUCAGAACAACAUGGUUUUGAAGAAAUGUCCAACACCAAGUGGUGUAUGUUCUUUUUUGAUGAUGUGUCUCUCUCAUCUGAUUUUAAUGUCGAUGUCAUAGAUGUAGCACACAUGACCUUCACGAACAUUGUUUUUUUUCCUCCUGCAAGAUUGUGAUGGUUAUGAAUUAAUUGUUCUCUAUCUCAAUCGAUUUUCCUUUACAAUUGUUGAGUUUAUGAUUAUGUUACAGGUUACCCAAUCAUUUCAUGUAUAUAUGACAAUUAGUCGUUUGCAAGAAAGUUGCGUUGAUGGUCUGGUUA